GUAUCGUAUUGAUGAGCCUUUAAGCUCGGAGCACGCACUGGACUAGCACAGGGAGCGGUGGUGUAACGGCACAUAGAGCCGACUCACUGCCACAGUCACUGAUAGGCACUGCCACAGUCACCGAGACACGGAUUACGGUGUUGAUGUGGGAUACUAGAACACACGACAGAUACAGUGUAUACAUAGUGGCCUCUGUGGGGAGAGUCAGGUGAGGAACUCUGGUCCAGGGACCACACGGUUCAUGUUGGAAGUCCUCAGGGCUCAGCACGGCACCCACAGCACUUGUUGGGUUGGACUAGUAGGAUCCCUUAACGGACGCGAGAAAACAGGCUGUUGGCCCUGUGAGCAACACACCAGAAGUAGUAGUGUUGCAGUGGUGACUGUGCUACAGCGUGGAGUAAAGCAGGGCGGCUCGGACUUGCUGCUGUGUUACUGUGGACUUAAUAUUCGCCAACACAACAACGUACAAGUCCUCAUUGAAGAAGGAGCUCAAUAAGGAAGCGGUGGACACAUUCGGGCAGUACACCUCUGACCUAUCCUCGUGUCCAGGAAGGCGUCAUCACAACGACGCGGCUUGUGUUUGGAACAGAAACAUGUGAAACUUGCGGCAAGGUGUGGUGUAUGUUUCAGAGACAAUAGACUCCUCUGAUCUGAAGGGUCCCCAUCCUCCUUAGUCAGGACAGACACAUGUGUAUCACAAACAAUCAUUCGGAAGUACUCGGGCAUUUCCGGAAGUUGCUGGCUACCUGACACCUGAGAAACUCUGAAAGACACUUCAGAACUUUAAUUGUCUGCGAAGUAGCCGACAUGCCUCCAGUUCAUAUUCGCAGUUCGGUCCCGUGGCAUGCUUUCACUGUUUCGGGUUGCGCCCGAACGCCCUGAAAACUUCACUUGGAAUUCGAAGGAGAAAUUUGAUCCACUGCUGAGAGAGCUGUCUAUAAUUAUUCUAUCCUAUGCCUGGCCGGAGAGAAAAACAGAUGAUCCAAGGGUAUUUGAGUGAGGGGACGGUAUAUAGACACAUAACCUCGGGGGUUAACGAGGGAGUGUGAAGAACAUAGAACAAUCCUACAGGGGUCCUGACAGUGCAACCUCCAGCCCAGAGGCACAGCCGUUCAGAAGAAUGCAAUGGAAACUGCGGCACCACCUUAAGCUCUGUGCGUGUAGAGAGCGGAAGUGAUGGUGUUCGCCCACUGGCAGUCAUGGAAUAUCUUACAGCUGCUGUUCACCAGCCUAUAUCAGCGUGCUCUCGUGCAGAUGCCAUGACAGUACGGUAACGGCUGGCUAGUCCUGCAGGUGCUGCUUCUGCCACAAUGGAUAACAACACUGGUGUGAUGAUGGAUCCGGGAGGGUUCUUGUUGAACGGAUCUCUGGGGCUGAACGUCUGUGGAACUGCUACACCUGAUAUGAACAUGACAGCGUGUUUUUUUAACUAUACUUCAAAUAUGUCCGAGUCCCAAGACAACACGAGUUUGGCCAACUCUGCGAACCAAGCUCAUACUGCCCAUCCAAUGUGGCUGACUGUGAUCCUGGGCCUCUUAGCCGGAACCAUCAGCAUUGUGACUAUAUUCGGUAAUAUUGUUGUGCUGCUUUCAUUUGGCAUUGAACGGAGUAUACGACAACCUACGAAUUAUUUCCUUGCGUCCCUGGCGGUUUCAGAUUUACUUAUCGGAACGUUUUCUAUGCCCCUGUUUACCCAGUACUUAUUGUUGGACGGCUAUUGGCCCCUGGGCCCAUGGUUGUGUGACCUGUGGCUCUCGUUGGACUGGACAGUCUGCCUCACGUCGCAGUACACUGUGUUCCUCAUCACAAUGGAUAGGUUCCUGUCAGUUAAAGUUCCAGCUAAGUACCGCAACUGGCGCACAGAACGGAAAGUGCUCGUCAUGAUCGCUGUCACGUGGAUUUUGCCAACUGUAGUAUUUUUCACGGCCGUAAUUGGAUGGCAGUAUUUCGUACCCGAGGGAAGGACAGUGCAGCCCACAGAAUGUGAGGUGCAGUUCAUGAGUGACCCCCUCUUCACAUUCUUGUUAACGAUUGGAUAUUACUGGAUUACGUUGGUGGUGAUGUGCGUGCUGUAUGCCGGUAUUUAUAGAGUAGCUCUAACAUUGCAAAGAAAAUCCGAUGCUAAACACAAAAAACUGCAGUCAACCAUGGAACUCGCUAUAGAGCACACAGCGGCCAAGGCGACGGCGUCCAAUAGUAGUGACAGCAUUCCUCAAGCUACCAAAAAGGCCAAAAAGCAGACAGUAGCCAACAACAAGACAGCUGCUACCGGAACUGUCACUACAACUAGUUUUGUCAAGAGGAAUAACUCCGAGAAAGAUGAAGACAGGUCCAGCAGCCCAGCCUUUGCAUCAGAUGAAGAAAACAGUUCCAGUCAGGGAACAGCUCAAACUAGCAAGACGCCACUCACUGCCAACAGUAAGCCCCCGAAGAUCCCCGACAAAGGCUUCAUCAACAACGCGCUGCAACCUGACUCAAGUAAGACCAACAGGAAGUCUCCCCAAACGGACAGUGCUUAUCCUGCACACAUGCCUGACUCAAACUUUCUGGCACCAACUGCCCGAAUGGACAUUAGGUGCGACUUCAUAUCCGAGUUUGAAUCAGGCACGCAGGUGACUGAUAUCGACAACCUGCUUUCGGCGUCGGCUAGUGAGAUGGAUCGUUCGUCUGUGCCUCUCAUUCAGAACGACGUCCUCAAAGGCAUUCGCUUCAUUGAUGAAAAGAGCUUCAGCAACCUGGCUGGGGAUAAUGUUAAGCUUCUAUCCGAGUCGCAAGUUUCCGAAAACGUAAAUGAAGAUGGCGAAGGUAAUUCGUCACCAAUAUGGCGUCGGCGGAAUUCUCUGAAUGGCGCAGAAACAUGCCAGGUUGAGAGCAUCCAUGUCCGUGUUCCCUUGGCAACAGAAGAUACGUUCGGAGAAAAGCAAGAAGAGCCAGUUGAACAGCCGGCAAGUGAUGGUAACAAUCUCCACCCUUAUGACAACAAAGACAGUGCCGAUGACCGCGGGAUGCAGAGAUUGACUGCUGGAGGAAGACGUAGAAGGAAGGACGGUCGUUUACAAACAUUUGUCAAAUCUGUGCGCUCACGAAACAGUCGGCGAAGGAACCGCCGCGAACGAAAGUCCAAAUCUGAAAACAGAGCACGCAAAGCUCUGCGGACUAUCACGCUCAUCUUAGGCGCAUUUGUAGUGUGUUGGACGCCCUACCAUAUCAUGGCCUUUGUGAUAGCUAUAGCGGGCUGGGACGGUAUCAACGCAAGGUUCUACAGUUUUACAUACUGGCUGUGUUAUCUCAACAGCCCGAUCAACCCAUUCUGCUAUGCGUUUGCCAAUGCCCAGUUCAAACGGACUUUCCUUAGGAUAUUCAAACUGGACUGGCAUCGGACGUAACGCUCACUGUGCCACGUGUAGUUCAUUGUUACAUGUAACCGUAAACUGAUCUGGAUUCGUGUGAUAGUAUUCGACUAGUGUUGAUCACGUGACCUGGCGGUGAUGAAUCCAGAUCGACCGCAUGAAUGGAGCCUGCGGGCCAGGGUGUGAAUGCAUCGAUGGAAUGUAUCGUGUUGUUAAGCCUAUUUAUAAAGUGAUUAUACAAAGCGUGUCAUGUCAGAUAGUCCAACGACCUGAUCCACAGGGUGUUUCCUAUAACUGCUCCCACUAAAGAAGUCUCAUUGUAAUUUGUUAUAGUUUUAUACGGCAACACUGGACAUUACCACUGUACUUCCACAACGACAAGUUUGUAGAAAUGCAAUAUUCGUAUAAUACAUCGGACCCCAUACGAUGAACUCUGAGAGACGCCUACUUGGUACUAGAGUUCCCCGAGAAGGCUGGUUUGGAACCAGGCCAUUAUUCACUGUGGUAUGUACAGAAAGAACCUUGGUCGUAAUGGUCACGUGACUGGAACCCGGUAGCAAGGACAGUCUGGAAUGGCGUAGAAGAGCUAUGUCCCUUUGAAUGAACCUGUGAUUAUCUGUUUAUGUGAUUUGUAGGCUGAACUGAGAUGACUUAUUGACCAUGUAUUUUAUCAACAAUGCGUUAAGUUUGAGUCUUCAUUUUGUAGAUAUAUAUAUAUAUUGUUUUGUUAAUUGUUCAUGGAAAAGUUUAUACUUAUAUAUAUAUAUAAAAAUACAUUAAAUAUUAAGCAGUAUGUAUUGUUUCAGUAAAAUGGAGAUAUUAAAAAUCUAUUUUCUAUGGUUUUGUACAAAAGAACAUACCUGUUUAUAUGAGUUAGAAAAAUGUUCCAGAACAAGAGACGCAUCGAUAACCCCAUUUGAUUUACACGAAAUGUCAAUAUUCAGAAAAUUGUUUAAUGCAUAUUUAGUAGAUUCAGAAAAACACCGUCCUUCGAACUUCCUUAGUCUUGCCUCUCAGUACAACUUGUGCAUCACCAAAUGUCGGAGGCAGUGUCUUGUAUUCUGUAGGAAAUCCAUGGUGGGGAUACUUCGUGGACAACGCAGCGACGACUGCACAGCUUACAGGACUGCAGCAUGCCUGUAAUCGCUUGUUUAAUCCAUGGGAUAGGAAUGGCUAUAUUAUUGUUUGUACAAUCGAAUGACUUCUAUCCUAGCGUCCGCCCUCACAGGUUUCUACAUCAACUCUGUCACAUUACACCUGUCCAUUAGCAACCAGAACAAACGUUAUCCAUAUGCGAAUUUGUUCUGUUCCAAAUACAGCCGGCUCUUAUUGUCUUCUAGUCGAGGUAAGCAGUUGGACCCUUACUAGCUUUCCGAGACGGAGGCCGUGACAAGACUUUCCACAGGUUCUGUCCAAACAGUGAAAUCCCUUUAAUCCACACGUCAGCGCUCUCUAAAACAUACUGGUGGACACCUUGUUUAACAAGCCUUGGGUACAAAUGUUCCUAAUGGUCGGGGACUGUGUUGGCGGGCAGUAUAUCAUUAUGUAACCGUGGACGAUAGGAUGUGAGCCGGCUGUAUUGAAGAACCUUUGUAAAGUGGAACUAAUGGGCACAUGUAAUUAAUGACCUAAUUAUUUUGUUAGUAAUGACAGUGGCAGCCCGGUAUGCUUGAGGCCAGUAGGCCAGGGAUGUUGUGACAAUGCAAGCUUUGGUGUCAGUACGAUGCAGCUAGUUGCCAGUAGCCUGUCUAGCAGCCUGUCGGUAGCCAAAUAGUGGGUCACGAUGACAAGCUACAAGUUCGCAAGACGGGUUCCGAUUCACUCAGUAUACAUGUAGUCAAGGGCCGUAUGUCUACAGUUUCUCCCAGGCUUGAGAGAACCUUAUAUUCAGCGAAACAAUUCCAAAUUAACACAAAUGAACAGUAUUUAAUUAAUGAUACGUUAAACGAAACCUAUUCAUUUAAAAACACGAAAAGGUAUGAUUUCAAUCACCUGUAACUGCUUCCUUCCGGUAUGGAUGUUCUUCCUUGUUUCAUUGUGACUGAAAUCGCAUUACAUUACUUGAAAUUCAAAUUGAUUUGUAUAGAUACAAAACGUCACUGUAAGACUUGUUUGAUCUGCGGAACGUUUAAGUAGUUAACAGACCAACACACGGUCAGUCUGCCAGGUUCCUUCAUAGGAUGUUUCAAAUAUAUCUAGGUGCCCGACAUCAGAAUAAAACCGGAAGCACCCGUUGAAUCUACACUGUAACAAGCCCGGGAGAAGAUGUGACUGAAACCCUUCCACUUUAAUCUACACACGGCGCGUGUGCCUCCAUGUCCGUUCUCUGUGUCCGCUUGUCCGCACAGGGGCUGUGUGACAACUGUCUGUACUCUAUCCGUACUGCUAGUGGACCACUGUAUGACCGCCAUGUUUGUGACCUUGACGCGGUCUUCGCACCUGCUUCUGUUAUUGUUCCCUCCUAGUCCUAACUAGUGUACUUCGUUUAUGUAUGAACAUAUGGCCGUCACUAUAGUUUUGUAUAUUCACUAUCAUUUGAGAUGCAUUACUAAACACCUAAUAUAAUCAAGGAUCAUUAGAUACGUCAUCACGAGGGCAGCAACUUGUGACGUAACGCCGUCGUCAAGUCGCUGCCGAUGACGCUGUAUCAACAUGGUAAGUAAUAGUCGUAUUAACAUGACCUUGCAUCUGUCUGUUUAGGAAAGUAUAUGCCUUGUACUAUCUGUCUGUAUCAUUAAUAUAUACACAUGUAUGUUUAUACACAAGGUAUGUAUUGUAAUAAAAACUCGCAUGAAUUCAAGUAUUAGGACAAUGGCUUGUUUCUUCGUGAAAACGGCGCAUAGCCUUGUUCUUGGCUGUUGUGCCCGAGUGGUGAGCAUGGAAGAAAACUCAACAUCUGUUUUAUACCUUAAAGUCUGCAGAAUCUUUUAUAUUUUUAUAAAUAUGUGUCAUCGGCGAGAUUUGGAAGAAACUUUUCUUUGUUAAAGACGAUCCUAUAGGGACCAAACGUAUCUUCUAUGGAAUUUUCUUAAAAUUAUAUAUACAUAUAUAUAUAUAUAUAUGUAUUUAUAUAAUCGCCUCAAUGUAUCUUAUACAUGUUACAUUUGAAAACAAAUAUUGUCAUUGAAUCGAGUCAUCAACUCCUCGUCAGCGCGCCAAGUUUUAUGAAGAACGAAUUCUGUUGGUUCCAGAAACAACGCAUAUUUUUAGAUAGCCACGAAAUGACAUAUAUGUGAUAUAUCUUGAAACGUGCAAUAUCUGGUGUAACCGAUUGGAACUACAUUUGUGGUCGCUGUCUUAUCACAAACACGUAUCUGAUAGCCUGUGCUGUGUAAUGUACAUUGGUAGUGAAACAGUCGGUGGCCCUGACCACAAAUGUUGUUCCAACUCCAGCACGUUACUAGCCCCAAAUGCUAUACACCUAGGUUUGUGACUGUAUUGCCGCUGUAUAUCCCUGUGAUCGUUCUGUGCUGGGCUGACCUCGGCAACGUGGUCAUCUGGACGUCAACGUACACGCUCAGUUACACGACGACGCUCCGUCCCAGCACUACACAUAAAACAACUCACUGUCAA